CGCACACGAACGGCCGUCGAUUGAUUCUGUUAACCUCCCAUGAUCCGGACCACGCACGCACACGCCACCUACCUCUGAAGAGACCCAUCCCCUCUCCCGUCUCCGCUCUCGGCUCCCUCGGCUCCGGCGACCGCGACCUCGACCGGCGACCGGCGGCGGGCGUCUCUCCCAGGUGUACAGGACAGAGUAAAUAGGCAGGGUCGUGCAAAAGGAGAGGAAAGUGCGCGUCCAUUUGAUUGAAUGGCUUCAAAGAUUCAAGCCUUCUUGAACCAUCCUGCUGGCCCCAAAACCAUUCAUUUUUGGGCUCCAACAUUUAAAUGGGGGAUCAGCAUUGCGAACAUUGCCGACUUUGCUAAGCCUCCAGAAAAGAUAUCCUAUCCUCAGCAAAUCGCGGUUGCCUGCACUGGAGUCGUCUGGUCACGCUACAGCAUGGUUAUCACACCGAAAAACUGGAACCUUUUCAGCGUUAACGUUGCGAUGGCCGGCACAGGCCUGUACCAGCUUUCCCGUAAAAUAAGGCAAGACUACUUCUCUGAUGAUGGAAAGGAGGUGGCUGCUGCAUCACUGGAAGGGUAGCGAGGACCGACUGGAUUAAUAAUCGACUGCACAGCCUGCCUGCUGCCCUGGAACUCUGGGCCGUGGGCCGGCGCGAUUUCCAUGCCGUCCAUUCUUUCCCAUGUCGAAACUUCUUUGUCAAUCACGCCCUUGAACAAAGCUGAGCAGUAUGAAAAUUCCGCGCAGAUUAAUAAUCUUUGUGCAUUUUGUGCAAAAAGGUGUACAGAGUGAAUGCAUACACGUCCUUUUUGAGAUAAUUGGCCUA